CAUUCGCCCAUAGUGGUGGUGUUAUCGGGAUCCAUGGAGCCUGCAUUCCAGAGAGGUGACAUCCUCUUCCUCUGGAACAGGGACUCCCAGGCCAACGUGGGUGACAUCGUGGUUUAUGAGAUUCAAGGAAAGCCUAUUCCAAUCGUGCAUAGAGUGUUGAGAGAACAUCACAACUCUGAAAAACAGUUCUUACUCACCAAGGGUGAUAACAAUGCAGUUGAUGACUUAGGGUUGUAUGCCAAGAAACAAAGCUAUUUGAAUCAGAAGACUGAUUUGGUAGGCACCGUUAAAGGUUACCUUCCAAUGCUUGGAUAUGUCACUAUUUUGAUCAGUGAGAAUGUCUACUUCAAGUACGGAUUAUUGGGUUUGAUGGGAAUUACCUCGUUGUUAUCUGAUGAAUAGAGAAGAUAAUAAAUGAUUAUAUGUAAUGCAGCGUAAGUGAAUGGAUAUGGCCGG